UAUAAUUGCGCACGGACCAGGAGUACCACAUGUUUAAUACUCCGCCAGGAGCAUUCAGCAAACAGUGCUAACCUUUUGAUACCAAGUGUUACCAGGCUCAUUGUGAGCUAUUCGCUAUUCGUUCCUUGUUGUAAAGUAAUGUAAUUUAAGUUCUCUAACAAUGUCAGAAGAAAGUCCUGAACACAAAAAGUUUCCAUCAGUCAUUGAUAGGUACUACACACGAUGGUAUAAAACGGAUCUCAAGGGCCAGCCUUGUGAAGACCAUUGCAUCCUUCAGCACUCGAAUAGACUAUGCGUUAUCACUCUGGCAGAAACGCACCCUAUACUUCAAGACGGUCGGACGGUCAAGAGCAUAAACUAUCAAAUCAGUGCUGGCUGCAGUCGUCUGCAGAACAAAGUGUCUGGGAAAUCUAAGAGAGGUGGCCAGUUCCUCACAGACUUCGCUCCUCUGUGUAGGAUAACCUGCACAGACACUACAGAGUACACCAUCUACAGCUGUAUCAGGGGCCGCCUCCUCGAGGUGAACGAGGACAUACUUGAAAAGCCCAGCCUCUUACUUGAAAAGCCCUCCACAGAGGGAUACAUCGCCGUCAUCCUGCCUAAGUUCGAGGAGAGCAAGAGCAUCACAGAGAGCCUCCUGACCAGAGAGCAGUACGAGAGCGUGGUCUCCAAACGAGCCAGCCAACCAGAGCCCUGCUGAAGAACAAUGCAGUCCCAGGGGCUCGUCAUUCUCACCCCAGCUCCAAGGUGCCUUUUCUUGGGUCGACUUUAGGAGGAGUCCCUUACCUCUUGACCCUCCCAGCCAGACUCGCGUGUUCCCAUCCAUGACUGGAUGAAUGGACUGCAGCCUGUAGGGAUAGACAGUGCACCAAGACCCAGGGACCGCAUGGGAGCAGCACACUGCAUGUCUGAUCAGCCCAGACUGUUGGGGAUUUGGUAGAUCUUUGCGGAUACAUUUUGUUGGCCUUAAAAACGUGACGUAUUUGAAAGCCAGUUCAUGGUUAAGUUUUUUUUAAACAUUUUAAGUUGUUUGUUUAACGUACAUGGACAUACACAAGGGAGCUAACAUGUCAGUAAUUACAUGUCAAAGAUAGCAAUUAUGUAGCUACAUUGGACACCAAUUAGGCAGAGCACUUUCUAAAGUUCUGCUGUCUGACUCUUUCUUUUCUUUCAGUGUUCAUGAUUACAUCAAUAAAUAACACAACCAACCCAA